GAGCAAGGCAAAACAGGCUGCGUGGGGGGCUCUGGCUCUCACGCUCCCCCGCUCUGCACCCUCCUGUGGGCCGGGGGAGAGAGAGACCCCGGGGCCGGGCCGAGGUGGGAUAAAACCCAUGGAAAGCCCCUGGGUACUUGCGAGGUUGGUAUUCUCUGGACUGUUUCUCUGCUGGUGCAGGGGCAAUUUGAGAUUAUGAACAUGGACAUGAGGUGGGGGACAACCCUGACGAUCAAGGGCAAGAUCGCCAAUGAUGCUGACGGGUUUUCGAUUAAUCUGGGCCAAGGGACAGACACGCUGGAUCUGCAUUUCAACCCACGUUUUGAUGUAUCCACCACAGUCUGCAAUUCAAAGGAUGACAACAACUGGGGGCAGGAGCAACGGAAUCACAUGUGCUUCCGUCCAGGGUCAGAGGUCAAGCUCACUGUGACCUUUGAGAGUGACAAAUUCAAGAUCAAGCUGCCAGAUGGGCACCAGCUGACCUUUCCCAACAGGAUGUGCCACAGCCACCUGAGCUACCUGAGCGUGCAGGGCGGGUUCAGCCUCUCCUCCUUCAAGCUUGACUGAGCGGGCAGCACCUUGCAGCGGCGGGCCCCUGCACUCCCAGCCUCAAGCUCCUCCCCAGUCCCUUGGGAGCAGCAGCCCCUGGGUCCCCGGCUCCCCAUCUGCACUGCCUGCCCCUCUGACCCCGUGUCCCUCCCCCAGUGCUAAGAAUAAACGUAAGAAUCCACCUUUAUCCGGUCUUUCUGCAGCAGAAAUUGCGGUUAGCGUUUCCCAUGCACUUGAAUGCUCCCGGCUUCCUCAUGAUACAGAGGACGAAGCUCAGGCAGGUCAGAGGACUGCCAAGCUGGGAUUGCGACACACUUCCAAACACCUCUGAGCACCCACUCCCGCCUGCGGGUCCCCUGUUAUCAGCAGAAUAAGUGCCAAGCUGCCCCGCGGGAUUAGAGGCCGGCGCGGGCUCUGGGCACCUGGUGCGAUAAGAGCUCCCACCUGGGCCCUUAUCUCAGGGACAUUCAUUCCAGCCAGGUUACUCAUUACCCCUGUCUUGGCCCCUCUGAGCUGGGGCGUUGCGCUGGGGCCCUUGGCUUCCAAACCCAAAGCUGAGGGCACUUAAGCAGGUGUUGCUGCUGCUGUACCCUCAGAUCCCUGAACAUCUUGCAGGACACCUUUUACCAAAAAA